AUGUCAAUAUCUAAAUCAAUUAAUAAAUUACAAUCAAUAAUCCCCUUGAACAAAAGAAAUAAACUCUUAGUUUAUACAAUAAUAUUACUAAAUGUUACAUUAGAUAAUAUAAACGUUUCAGGUACAUUAACUUCAAUUUUUUCCAUAUCAAAUCAAUUCAAAUCUUCAACAACAACAACUUCAUGGGUCCUUGCCUCAUAUGCAUUAACUUUAGGGGCAUGUAUCAUAAUUGCAGGUAAAUUAUCAGAUAUUCUUGGUGCUCAUAAUAUAUUCAUCUAUGGUUUAUUAGGACAAAGUUUGAUGGCUUUAAUAACUGCUGUGAUUGAUGAUCAAAUUAUUGUUUUAAUUGUUUUUAGAGCAUUACAAGGUAUAUUUGCUUCAAGUUUAAUACCAUCUGCUUUUGCCAUAACGGGGAAUUAUUUCCAAGAUAGUACAAAAAGUUUAUCAAAAGCUAUUAGUUUAUUAUUAAUGUCAAUUACUGCAAGUUUAGGUGUUGGAUUAAUUCUUGGUGGUGCCUUUUCAGAAACAAAGAUUGGUUAUAAAGGUUUAUAUUAUUUUACAUUUUCAUUGGGGUUUAUUUCAUCUGUUAUUUUAUGGUUUUAUGCUAUACCAAUAAUUCCAACUAAAGAACAUGAAAAAUUAAGUAUUAAAAAUUUAGAUUUUGGUGGUUCUUUGCUACUUGUUAUUGGAUUAAUCUUGAUGAUUUUAGGUUUAACAGAAGGUGGUGAAUCAUGGCAUCAUCCAAGGUCAUAUGUACCUUUAAUCAUUGGUGGGAUUAUAACCAUAGGUGUUAUAUUAUUUGAAAUGGUUUAUAUUCAAAAUUUCAAAAAUAAAGUUGAUAAAGAAUUAACAAUGAAGGAUGAAGAAUCAUUAGAACAAUCACUCAAGAAAGACUGGAGAUAUAAACUAGAAUUAUUAUUCCCAGGUGAAGUUAUAAAAAUCCCAAAUUUCCCACAAUACGUAAUCACAAGUUUUCUUUAUUAUAUGAGUUUAAUAAGUAUAAUGACAACAAAUAUUCAAUAUAAUCAAUAUGUUCAAUUAGAUUCCCCUAUAAUAUGUGGAUUAAAAGCAUUACCUAUAUCAUUAGGUUUAUUAUUUGGUUCAUCAAUUUAUAAACAUCAUAUAGUUAAAAAAAUUGGUAUAAGAUUAGUUUAUACAAGUUCUUCAAUAAUUAUAAUAACAAUGAGUAUAUGGAAUUCUUAUUUAAAUUUCCAAUCUACAAACUCAUAUUGGAAAUAUGAAUGUUUUGCAAUGUUUUUCAUUGGAUAUGGUAUAAAUCUUUAUUUUCAAAUAUUAUGGAAUGAUUAUGCUUUAGAUACUCCAUUACAUUUACAAGGUGUUGUCUCGGGGAUUUUCCAAACUUCAGGACAGAUUGGGAUAUGUUUUGGGAAUACUAUUAUUUCUACUAUAAAUGGUGAUAUUAAAUAUGAUGAGAAUUGGGAGAAUAGAUUAGAAUUACAUGAUAAAUUUAAACAAAAUUUUUAUUUGGUUUAUGGGGCUUGUGGAUUAGCUUUUUUUGUGUUGUUAACUGUUAGAAAUGGUAAGAAAGUUGAACAAGUUGAACCAUCCGGUAACCAAUCUAUUGAAGACACUCCAUAG